AUGGUCACGGUGGAGCUGUCGUCGACAGAAGAGGACAGCGGCGGUGAGACCGUAACCCCCGUGGUCUCGUCGGAUGAGGACGACGACAGGCGGGCGGCGAAGGCCAGGAGGACCUACAGGCAGCUCAGGCGGGCCGUGGCGGGUGGCGAUUUCAUCCGAUGCGGAACGGAGGCUCCGUCGGGGGACCCCGCAGAGGUGGCAGCCAUUGUGGCCAGGCGCCAAUGGACGCUGCGAAGGUUACAGGAGCAGGAGAGGGAGAGGGUGGCGGCGUGGGAGGCGUGGCAAUCGCCACCGCCGAAAUUGCCAUCACCACCGCCACCGCCGAAAUUGCCAUCGCCACCGCCGCCGGCAAAACUGCCGUCGCCACCGCCGAAACUGCCGUCGCCGCCGAAGCUGUCACCGCCGCCGCCGAAGAUGUCACCGCCUCCUCCGCCGGCGUGGGUGUGGCCACCACGGCCGGAAGGGCCGCUGCCGUCGUCGCCGCUGCCGCGAGGGCCGCCACCGUCGCCGCCGCCGCCACCAGGGUCGCCAGCGGCAAAGAACACGCCGUCACUGCCGCAAGGGCCGUCGCCGUCGCUGCCGCAAGGACCGUCGCUGCCGCCGCCACUGCCGAUAGGGCCGCCGCCGUCACCACCGCCGCCGCCACCAGGGUCGCCAGCGGCAAGAAGCACGCCGCCACUGCCACAAGAGCCACCGCCGUCGGCGCCGCAACCGCCGCCACGACCGCCGAAGCUACUCCGGCAGGUGUCGUGCCCGGAGGCCCAGGCACCGAAGAGGCCCACCUUGCGGAGGACGGUGUCGGUGGAGCCCGCCGGGCGGGAGAUACCCCUUACGGAGUGUCCAGAGGCGGUGAGGGCCGAGGCGGAGAAGCAGGCCCAACGAGGGAGGACCCAGCGGUGGGCAAAGCUGAUGUGGUCGGAGGGGGCCCGCUACCGCAUCAAGAUGGCGGGCGGGUGGGCCAGGGUUUUUAAAACCAAAUAA